ACAAGGGAUCAAAAAAUAACCAGGUGCCUUUGGCAACGGCCCUUGGUUGCCAGGGCCUGACCUCUGUCCAGGCACAGUGCAGAACUCUUCCCUCCUGGUCCACUCCUCCUCUUCCUCUUCUUCCUCCCCCUCCCUACCCAGAGCAGCAAAUACCAACAGACAGCUGGACAGGACAGCCCCUGCCAGCCUGUCCCCAGGGUCAGGUGACCUACCCUCCCCCGGCCACUAUAGCCUGGCCCUCUGGGCAGCCCUCCACGCAGUGCCACAGUGCACAGUGACUUCUCCACACCAGGACUCCAGAGAGGUCUUCGCCCAGCACCUGAGGUUGGCAGACACUGAGAGAGGGUUACUUCCCCCUGGACCCUCCCGUCUACACACUCCCUGGGACCCACGAGGGAGGAGGCCCUGGGUCCCUGCUGAGAGCCCACAGCUGGGAAGAAAAUUAUGCUAUAACAACGACAAACAACAAAGAGAAACUUGAGGACCUCUGACAGCUCUGCCUCUGCCCUGGAGCUGCUACUUGUCUACCUCAGGCCAUGGUUGUGCAGAACAGUGUGGAAGGUGGGGACACCAGGAUGGGUGUGCAACUGGAGCCCUUCCUGCACCAGGUUGGGGGACACCUGAGUGUGAUGAAGUAUGAUGAAGACACGGUGUGCAAGCCCCUCGUGUCCCAGGAGCAGAGGUUCUAUGAAUCCCUGCCACUGGCCAUGAAGCGGUUCACCCCACAGUACAAAGGUACCAUCACAGUUCACCUCCGGAAAGACAGCCUAGGCCAUCUCAGCUUGGUUGCCAACCCACUGAAGGAGAACCAGGGGCCCUUAAACAUCCCCUCAGGGUCAGCAGCGGUGGCGAUGUGGCAGAAGCUCCAGCAGACCACGAGCAGCAGUGGUGGCGCAGGUCCCCUCUCCCAGUGGCAGCACACCGAGCUGGCACACUCCCUCAAGGACAGCCCGGCCACUGGGCACCUGAGGUCCGAGUUCCACCUCAGCACCCACGUGUCCUCCUUGGUGGAAGAUGCUAAAGAGAACCAGGCUGAGAAGAGGAGCUUUAACCCAUGGGGUCUGCACUGCCAUCAGGCCCACCUGACCCGCCUCUGCACCGAGUACCCAGAGAACAAGCGGCACCGGUUCCUCUUGCUGGAAAAUGUCGUGUCACAGUACAAGCAUCCCUGUGUCUUGGACCUGAAGAUGGGGACCCGGCAGCACGGGGACGAUGCAUCUGAGGAGAAGGCGGCCCGCCAGAUGACGAAGUGUGCACAGAGCACCUCAGCCUGCCUGGGUGUACGUGUCUGCGGCAUGCAGGUUUAUCAAAAGGAUAAGAAGCACUUUCUCUGCAAAGACAAGUACUAUGGGAGAAAACUCUCAGUUGAGGGGUUCAGACAAGCCCUCUAUCAGUUCCUGCACGACGGCACCCGCCUUCGGACAGAGCUGCUGGGGCCCAUCCAGCACCAGCUCCGGGCCCUCCUCUUGGUCAUCAGGAGCCAGACUUCAUACCGCUUCUACUCCAGCUCCCUCCUCAUCAUCUACGACGGGCAGGAGCCACUGGAAAGAGCCCCAAGUGGACUGCAUUCUCAGGAGGCUCCUCAGACUGCGCACGGCAGCUCUCCCAGAGGUUUCCCCAAGGUUGACAUCCGGAUGAUCGACUUUGCUCACACAACAUACAAGGGCUCCCGGAAUGAGCAUACCACCUAUGACGGACCAGAUCCAGGCUAUAUUUUUGGCCUGGAAAACCUCAUCCAGAUCCUGCAGGAUAUACAGGAGUGAGAAUGAGACUUAUUGGGCCCAUCCAGAUUUUUCUGCAGUACAAAUCU